AUGUUUAAAAUUUAUACGAAUACUGGUACAUUAUGUCGACGUUUAAAUAAUAUCAGCAAUCCAAUAAGAAAUACUUCAUCACUACCUGAAAUAAAGUUACAAUUUUGGGGAGUAAGAACGAAGACAACAGGUAUAAAUUGUCCUAUAAAUAAUCCCAUUCAUUCAAAAUAUAAUGCCAAUAAUAAUAGUAUUAGAAAUAUAACUACUAAGAACCCAAAAAAUGUUCAGUGUUUCUCGAGUUAUGCUAAUAUACUGCAGAGGGAAACCCCGAUUAUUCAAUAUAAAUUUAAUUCUCAUACCACUAUUAAUAAUAGUAAUAAUAAUAAUAAUAAUAAUAAUAAUAUUCAACUUGUAAAAAUUUCCAAGAAAUUCUUUCACUCAUCGAGAACCAAUCGAAAUAAUAAAACCAAAGAACAACCAAAAUCUAAGAAAGAAACGAGAUCAUCUUCAGAAUCUGGUUCAAAGGAUAUAUGGAGGUUACUACUUCUAAUCAAGAACGAUUGGAAACUUUUGUCUGCAGCUUUAGGUCUUCUGACCGUUUCUUGCUCGAUCGGUAUGGCCAUCCCUAAGAUUAUAGGUAUCGUAUUAGAUGCAUUGAGAACUACAGCACCUGAAGAACAAAUAACAGUGAUGUCUUUACCUUUGCCACAAUUUUUUGGUGGAAUAGCCAUAGCUUUAAUCAUUGGUUGUGCCGCAAAUUAUGGUCGUGUUAUAUUAUUGAGAAUUUUGAGUGAACGAUUAGUCGCUAGAUUAAGAUCCAAUAUCAUUAAGAGGGUAUUACAUCAAGAUGCAGAAUUUUAUGACACUUAUAAGGUAGGUGAUUUGAUAUCAAGACUAGGCUCCGAUGCCUACGUUGUUUCAAGAUCUAUAACGCAAAAGAUAUCAGAUGGUAUCAAAGCUUUGUUUGUUGGUUCUGUUGGUAUUGGUAUGAUGGUCUCAUUAUCACCACAACUUUCAGGGGUUCUGAUGUUACUAGCCCCUCCAAUUCUUUUCGCAGCAAAAUUUUUUGGUAGGAAGAUAAGACUAAAUUCUACGCAAUUACAAGAAGCUACCGCUAAUAUGACACGUGUGUCAGAAGAACAAUUCAAUGGAAUAAAGACAAUACAAAGUUUUGUUGCUGAAAAGAAUGAGAUAAACAAAUACAAUGGUGCAAUUCGUCAGAUAUUUAGAGUAGGUAAGGAUGCCGCUUUCAUAAAUGGUAAAUUUUUCACAACUGCAAGUUUGAUUGGAGAUUUAAGUUUUUUGAUUGUUUUAAGCUAUGGCUCAUACCUUGUACUUGGUAAUCAAUUAUCUAUUGGUGACUUAACUGCAUAUAUGCUAUACACAGAAUAUACUGGUAAUGCAGUUUUUGGAUUAUCAACAUUUUAUUCAGAACUAAUGCAAGGUGCGGGUGCAGCUACUAGAUUAUUUGAAUUAACAGAUAAGGAAGUUAAAAUACCAUCCACGAUAGGAAGAAGUAAAUUUGUUCCUGUAAAACCGAAUGGAGGUUGUGAAAUUGAAUUUGAAAAUGUUUCGUUUGCAUAUCCAACAAGACCUGCUAAUCAAAUCUUUAAGAACUUAAACUUCAAAAUUGAAGCUGGUUCGAACGUUUGUAUUGUUGGUCCAUCUGGUAGAGGUAAAUCGACAAUCGCUUUAUUAUUAUUGCAUUAUUACAAUCCAACAAAUGGUGAUAUUAUUAUCGAUGGUCAGAGAUUGAAUGAAAUGAAUACAAAAUCAUUAAGACGUAAGAUCGGUAUUGUUCAACAGGAACCAACUUUAAUGUCGGGGACAAUCAGGGAUAAUAUAACGUACGGUUUAACCUAUAAGCCUACAAAAGAAGAGAUUAGAUCUGUUGCCAAGCAAUGCUUCUGCCACAAUUUUAUUACAAAAUUCCCUGAUACAUACGACACCGUAAUUGGGCCUCAUGGUGCAUCAUUAAGUGGUGGUCAAAGACAAAGAAUUGCUAUAGCAAGAGCAUUGAUUAAGAAACCAAAUAUUUUAAUAUUAGAUGAAGCUACUUCUGCAUUGGAUGUUGAGAGUGAGGGCGCUAUUAACUAUACGUUUGGUCAAAUUAUGAAGUCAAAAUCCAUGACAAUUGUUAGUAUUGCUCAUAGACUAAGUACUAUCAGAAGAUCUGAAAAUAUCAUUGUUUUAGGGAAUGACGGAUCUGUUGUAGAAAUGGGUAAAUUUAAAGAACUAUUCGAGGAUCCAAGUAGUGAAUUAUCAAAGUUAUUGAAUGAAAAAACGAACCGUAGUGAAAAGAAAGCGGAUGUCGCCAGCUUGGCAACGAAUACAAAAUCAAACGUUACACCUGAUGAAACAGAUAACGAUUCCUCCCAAACUUUAGAAACGGAACAAGAGGCUUCUGCAAAACUCCAAAUAGAUGCCAUAGACGAAAACGCUAUCGAAGAGGUAGUUAAAGAUGUGACAGAAGAAAGUAAACCUAUUAAGAUUAUGAGGUAA